CCCUCUUGUACCAGAUGCGCACCAAAAAUGCGCGCGUCGGAGCCACGCAUGGAACGAUCUACGGAAGACACGUGUGCCAUGGAAACUCGCCCUCGCGUCCGGAAGGUCGAAAGGUGAUGACCAUCGCGCAGAGGGCCAGAGCGAGCAUGUUCGCGCGCCUAAUGGACAUUCUCUGCCAGAUAAUUGCAAUAGAGGAAGAGAUGCACGCGCAUCCUCCACGGGACAGAAAAUUGUUGCCAGAAUUUCCAAAGGAAAGCAUUGAGCUGAAGAACAUUUGUUUGCGCAUGGCUGAAAGGGAUACAACGAAUUCUCCCAGCGACCGAGAUUUGCGUGAUCUCCAACUGUGUUUAAAAUGCAUUAGCAGUAACCUUUUGAUUGUGUGCAAUGAGCAUGUGUCCUGUAGUCUAUUUGUGACCGAGAAGGUGAAGCGCCUCUGUGACACAUUUCCAGAAAUGUGGUGAACUGUAAUGUCCAUCACUCAGAUGGAUUGGACCGUGAGAGAGGGAGAGCAAUGGACAAUGACUUGGACAAUGUAAAUAUUUUUUUGCCUUUUACCAAACUGACUUUUCCAGCAUGGAGAGUGAACUAUCCGGGUUGGUUGGAGAAGCAGGUUUUGCCUGCAUUCCUUCAGAUGAUCAUGUAACUACUGCCCUGUGGGUUUUCUUGAAUGUCCGGUACUUUGCCCCACCCCAGAAUCAAGUACAGGCCUACAUUAUGUGCACUGCAAGGGGCUUGUGUAUUGCCA